CACUAGUUCUAGGGCUUUCCGGUCUCUCUCUUUCUCACACAUAUACACACUCUCUUUUUGAAGUUCCAGAGCAAAACCAUUUCCAGAGGUUUUGGUAUUUCUCUCUCUAGCUUUCUCUCUCUAUCUCUCUGUGCUUUUUGGGUGUUGAAGAAAAAGUAGAGGAAGAUGGGGUACCAAAUGCAGCCGUACGGAAUACAAGCAAUGCUGAAGGAGGGUCACAAGCACCUCUCUGGUCUCGACGAAGCCGUCGUCAAGAACAUCGAUGCUUGCAAGCAGCUCUCCGUCAUCACCCGCACUUCUCUCGGUCCUAAUGGUAUGAAUAAGAUGGUCAUCAAUCAUCUGGACAAGCUCUUUGUCACGAAUGAUGCUGCUACCAUUGUGAAUGAACUCGAAGUUCAGCAUCCUGCUGCCAAGAUUUUGGUUUUAGCGGGAAAAGCUCAACAGGAAGAAAUUGGGGAUGGUGCUAAUUUGACAAUUUCUUUCGCUGGGGAGCUUCUUCAAAAUGCAGAGGAACUUAUCAGAAUGGGGUUGCAUCCAAGUGAGAUCAUUAGUGGAUAUACUAAAGCCAUCAAUAAGACAGUUGAAAUCUUAGAUGAACUGGUGGAGAAAGGGUCCGAGAAUAUGGAUGUGCGCAAUAAGGAACAAGUGGUGUCUCGAAUGAAAGCUGCUGUUGCCAGCAAGCAAUUUGGACAAGAAGAUAUUUUAUCCUCUCUUGUUGCUGAUGCAUGUAUCCAAGUAUGCCCCAAGAACCCAGCAAACUUUAACGUGGACAAUGUGCGUGUUGCAAAGCUUUUGGGAGGGGGUUUGCAUAAUUGUACAAUAGUUCGUGGCAUGGUGUUGAAAAGUGAUGCUGUUGGGAGUAUAAAGCGGAUGGAGAAGGCCAAGGUUGCUGUGUUUGCUGGUGGUGUUGACACCUCUGCAACUGAAACAAAAGGAACCGUCUUAAUUCAUAAUGCUGAGCAGCUAGAGAAUUAUGCUAAAACUGAAGAAGCUAAAGUUGAGGAGCUCAUCAAAGCAGUCGCAGAUUCAGGGGCAAAGGUAAUUGUCAGUGGAGCAGCAGUUGGAGAGAUGGCACUGCAUUUCUGUGAACGUUACAAGCUCUUGGUUCUCAAGAUUAGUUCAAAGUUUGAACUAAGACGAUUUUGCCGUACAACCGGUGCAGUUGCUAUGUUGAAGCUUAGCCGGCCAAAUCCGGAUGAUCUGGGAUAUGUCGAUUCGGUUUCGGUUGAAGAGAUUGGUGGUGUUAGGGUCACUAUAGUGAAGAACGAAGAAGGUGGAAACUCUAUAUCAACUGUGGUUUUACGAGGAAGCACUGAUAGCAUACUAGAUGACCUUGAAAGAGCAGUUGAUGAUGGUGUCAAUACUUACAAGGCUAUGUGCAGGGACAGCCGUAUAGUUCCUGGAGCUGCAGCUACAGAAAUUGAGUUAGCUAAGAGAGUGAAGGAAUUCUCUUUUAAAGAAACAGGGUUGGAUCAGUACGCUAUAGCAAAAUUUGCAGAAAGUUUUGAGAUGGUUCCUAAAACUCUAGCUGAGAAUGCUGGGCUUAAUGCAAUGGAGAUCAUUUCUUCUUUAUAUGCUGAGCAUGCAUCUGGAAAUGCUAAAGUUGGCAUUGACUUGGAAGAAGGUGUUUGCAAGGAUAUCUCAACUAUGAAUGUUUGGGACCUUCAUAUUACCAAAUUCUUUGCUCUCAAGUAUGCUGCAGAUGCUGCCUGCACUGUGCUACGUGUGGACCAGAUUAUAAUGGCAAAGCCAGCGGGUGGUCCAAGGAGAGAUCAGCCUGCAGGGAUGGAUGAAGAUUAAACUUUUUGCAUGACAAAUGAACAUUUGAAUCUUGCUUGUAUUGCCCUAGGGCAGGUUCUUGAACUUGGUUUAGGCAUCUUCUGUUUUCUUCAGAUGCCAAAAUAUGUCAUUCGGAAAAAUUUUGUUUGUGAUGAAAGAAAUGUAUAUGCCACUUGUAACCGUGCUUUAUGCGAGGAUGAUAAACCUGUUAUGCACUUUGUGGUCCGGUUGUAGCUGAAAACAUGAGUGGGUGCUUGAGCGAUAUUUAGCUAGAUUGUCCCAGUGAAAUAUUUGGUGGUGCUUGAGCGAUAUUUAGUUAGAUUGCCCCAGUGAAAUAUUUGGUGAAAAUAUGUUUGUUGUCUUUCCUCUAUGACUUACCCCAUUAACAUGAUUUUACGAUUUUGUUGGGUGCUCAAAAA